AUGCUAAAGAUGACGUGUCUGAGGGACCAACUAGAUCGGAAUCCAUCGACGCCCGGUCUCCAUACAGGAGCUUCUGUCACUCUUCUAGAGCGAAACCUGGACUUCGGCGCAAUUGCCAAGUUAAGGGGGGAGGGGAUUAUUGUGGGUCAGGGCGUUGGAUAUGUUGGAGGCAUUGGCAAAAGACACAAGACACCAGGGGGGUCUAGUGGAUACUUGACAAUUGUCCACAGCAAGGAUAUGCAAGCUAUGGUCUGUAGCGAGCCUACUAUCAGCGGCAGAUCAAUACCUGUAGACAGUGAACAGAGUUUCAAGACAGAUAAAGUAUAUGAACAGGAUGCAAAUCACUCUCAGCUUCCAAAGAGGGGUAACAUGCCUUCUUCGAGAGUUCUUUGCAGCCGAUACUAG